GUGGGUACUAGCAAAGCAUGCCUUGUUGUUGAUUUCCCGUAAUGUUGCAGUCCAAUCUCUUUAAUAAGCCAUGCAGUGGUCUGCACUUGAAGCUGAAGGACAGAUUCUUACCCUGGGAAUCCAAGCUGAAGUUAGCCAGGUUUGUGUGGGCAUCCAAGGGAGUUGUCAUACCUAACAAAGAACAGUAUGUCAUCGACUGGCUGACUGGUGCUCUGCUGAAUAAAAAGAAAUGGCAUGUAGUGGAUGAAAAUCUUCUCCCUAUGUGGGCUUUACUGGCUGAAUUACUUCAGAUCCUUGAGAGAGGAAAAACCUGUGGUGUUCUGCUCAAACCAUCAUUUGUACAGACCCUGACUGACAUGUUCACCACAACCAAUAAGAAUGCUGCUUACAAAUUAUGUCUUAGUCAUGUGACCUGUUGCUGUAGGAUUGUUCUUGAGACAUCAUCUUACUGCCAUGUAGUGGUAUCCAGGUUUGAAACUGUGCUUCAGCUAUUAAACAGCUAUGUGUCAGUGCUGUUGCAAAGGUUUUCUAAAGUGAAUGACAGUCAUGGUGAGGAUCAACAGUUGUUUCUGCAUGUGCUGGAUUUGCUGCUGACACGAUACAGUAUUCUACAGAGACAACAUGCCAAUCAGAAACAGGUUUUUCAUGCUGUUGUAGAUGGGGCUUUGGUGAACUUUGUGCUAUUGUUACAGAGUCUCAGGUUGUCCUCUAAGAUGAGCAUAGCACAGAAAUUACAGGACAUUAUUAUGGCUGUUAUCUACCACAAAGAUCACCAGAGCCAGUUCUCACUUUACAUGUCCAUCUUACAAGGAGAGACUGAUGCAAAAACUCAACCACCUAAACUACAGGAGGAUAUGUUUGUGAAACUGAAGACUGCCACAGAGAAAAUGAUGAGCUGUCUUGAACUUCAGCAUCAACAGGAAGCAGUUCUUAACUUUAUCUCCAUGUUGUACGAGGGGUUCUUGGCUAGCAUAGGAACAUCAAGUACAGCAACACAAGGGUUUGCUAUGUUGAAGCACCUGUGUGACCACCUUGGAAUAAUAAGCCAAGACAGUCCAAUCCCAGCCCGGAUGAGGAUUUCCACCCUCGCUUCGUUACUGGAGGUGCUACACAGGAAAGAUGUUUAUAAUGCUGUGACAGACAACAGCAGUGGGGGACAUCAGAUAAAAUGGCUUCAGGGACUAGUGGAUUUUUUACUCAACAAUUUCCAGUCUGUUCCAUCCUGGUACAAAAGUGUGAGCAGUUUACUGCAGAUCAGCACAGCCACCAUACAGACCAGGUUACAGCAGGUGUUGGAGGUGGGAUGGCUGAACACAGGAGACAGGCUUGAUCCACCAACAACAGCAGCCCAAGAUUUGUUGUUCUGUGGCAUCAUAACAAUGCACGAGAAGUUACGACGUGUGCACAAGUUGAUUGGAACAUUGCUGCAGGUGUUACGAGGACAUGAUAAGCGUGCACAACUUCCAGGAGGCUUUGUUGAGAAAUUUUCUCAGUGUGUGGCACAGUUGCCCCAGGGUCAGACUGUCGAUAUAUGGGCUAGUAUUCAGGAUGAAGUUUCAAGCUUCUGGGUUAACAAUUUGCAUCUAGCCACCUUUCCAACUGUGUGUGAGUUGUACCACCUGUGUCUCCACCAUGCCAGGUUAUUUGACUACAGUGUCACAGGUCAGACCACCAAGAGAGUCAGCAUUCUCACAGAGGAGAUGAAAACCAAAAUAUUGCUGCCAAUGUUGGAGAAAAAAGAAGGGAAAAAGCAGGACAGUGUCUGGUCAUCUGUCAUUCUUUUGAAUCAUGCUUGGGGAGAUGUUUCCUUGAUGUCAAGCAUUUAUAAACAACAGUCCAUCACCAUGGAAACCAGUCUCCAUGGUUACCUCACCCAGCAACAGUGGAGUGAUAUAGCACAGAAAAUCAUGAAGAAAAAAUGGCCUUGUUCUCAGUUACUCAUGCAAAUGCUGUCUCUCCAGUCCCUGAGGUAUCAUCUUCUGUAUGGAUCCUCCAUGACAGAAAGUAGUUCUGAGUUGUUUAGCAACCUGGCAGAAGAAAGCGUAUCAUUGGUUGUCACUAGCUGGGAGGAACUGGAUGGAGCAGAAGUAGCAGUGUGGGAUGGAAGGGUGCCCUCCCUGUCCAAGUUCAAUCUUCCUGUGGCCCAGUGGCAUCUGGUGGUCUCCAACCUUCUUCUCCUGAUUCCUUAUCUCAGUUCUGCCACGAUACACAGACUUGCCAGCUUGAUGGUGGGAGCUGCACUGAGGGAAGAAGAUGACAGUGAGGGGUCACCAGUUAAAGUUAUCAGUGUACAGUUCAUGACAGGUUCUGUUUGCCAUGAGAUGGCACCACUGCAUGGGUACUUUGUGUCUGAGGUGUUUGCCAGGAUAGCCCAGUGCCUGCGCUCAGCACGAGUGCUAGAGGGAAAAAUUGUGAAGAAGAGAAAAUUGUUUUGGGAAGAGUGUGCAGAUGUACUGGAUACAGCAGCAGUCACUGAGGCUAAGGACAGUGGAAAGGAGAACACUCGGGCAGUGGAGAAGUUGAACCAACUUUUGAAAGAAAGAUCUACACUUCCUUGGUUCAAGUUUGAUAUCAAGACUGUCCUGGAAUGUCUGCAGGUUUUAAAAAUGAUGCCCAUAGAGCAUUUGGAGUCCAGUUUAAAGAUAUCCUGUCUGACUAGUCUGCUGGCCCUCAUACUGACCACACAGACUGACCACACUGUGAAGACCCCACCAGAAGACAAAGCCAUGUCCACUGCACUGUUUAACAGCUGUCUCGACAUUGUUGUCAUCAUCACUGACCAGUGGCCUGGAGUGUGGUCAGUGGCUCGUAUUGAGGUCCUGGACGCCCUCUGCUGGAUCAUGACCAUAGCAGACUCUAAGAUUAUCAUGAGCCAGUAUGGCAGUGUGGAUUUCCAAGAGGAGCUUAACCAGAGACGCCUGGUGGAGAGUCUGGUGAGAGGUAUCAGAACAGAGGAGCAGAUAU